AUGGACUACGCGGGGACCAGCAGGAGCAACGCCGACACGGCUGACACGGCCGACAGCAACUGCAACAGCAACGGCAACGGCAACGGUAGACCCUUCCAAAAUGAAUCUAACUUUGACAAAACCAGGCUGAUCAUAAAAAAUGUGCCAAAAUAUAUGAACGAAAUGGAUUUAAAAAAACACUUUUUUAAAAUGAAAGGGAAUUAUGAAUUUAAAAUAACAGAUAUAAAAAUUAUGAAGAGAAAAAAAAUUGUCAAGAAUAAAGAAGUUUUUGAGUCCAGAAAAAUCUGCUUCAUAGGGUUUAUUAGCAACACAGAUUGUGAAAACUUUAAAAAGUCAUUUAAUAACACCUACAUUAAUACUAGCAAAAUUGUCGUCGAAGAUGCCUUUUCUCCACUCAUUUCCAAAAAUGCUCAGCAGAGCAGAAACGCCACUUCGUAUGGCCUGAGACGUAUAGGGGAGAUGCAAAAAAUGAAGAAAGACAAAUCUGUGCAAAUUGUGAAAAGCGAAAAAUUCGUCAACAAAACGAUUCCCAUCAAGAAAACCAAAGCGGGGAUGAGCGCCACCAGGAGCCACGUCAUAUUCUUAGAUGACCAGCCGCUUCAGGGCGAGGUGCAGGAGGAGGAGGAGAAGAAGAAGCAGAAGAAGAAACAGAAGAAGAAACAGAAGAAGAAGGAAAAGAAGACGACCAAAAUGGAAGGGGAAAAACCCAGCGAACGGUCGGAGCCCGCGGAGAAGGCACGCACAAACGGUGCUAAGCGGGACAUUGAUGGGGAAGGCAACAGGGGGAAUGCUGCCCAUGCUGAGACAGGCGAUGGCGCGCAAAGUGGCGAAGAAAAGGAGGAGGCCGCGGAGGAAAAGGCCCUGGAUUGGCUGAAAAAAAUCUCCAAAAAGGAGGAAAGCGACAAAAAUGAUAGAAAUGAUAGGAGUGAUCGAAAUGAUCCAAAUGAUCCAAAUGAACGGAAGGACAAAACUAACCAGAACGGUCAGGGUGCGCAAAGGAACCGCCUGUUCGAGGACGAAAUGAGCACAGCGAGCACUCAGUCGUGCGACGAAAAGGAAGGGAAGAAAAAAGCGGACAAUGACGUGGAGGAGGACGAUUGUGAAAAUAUGAACACCGGGAAAAUUAUCAUCUUUAACAUGCCCCCCGUAAACGAACAGGACGUAAAGAGCCUGUGUGAACGGUUUGGCCCCGUCGUCGAUGUGAAGGUCUUUAAGAACGUAAAAAAAGGAGCAGCAGUCCUAAAUUUGAAUGAAAAAAAAAACAACAAAUCGAGUGACGAUUUUUUUAUAAAACUGCUGAAGGAAAACCACGACUCCUUUGCAAACGAAAAGGAGAGAGAAAAGCAAAAGAAAAAAAAAAAAAAAAACUCGGAUGAAGCUGACAGCGGUGUGGUGAAAAGGGAGGACAAACAGAUAGGCGAUGGGGAGGCCUCCGAUUGGAAAAAUAAAAAUGGAAGCAACAGAAACGAAUCUAUCCUCAACAGCGACCUUACAAAUGUAAAGGUAUACGCCUUCGUCAAUUUUAUGUUCCCCAGCGCUUGUGAGCGAGCCAAGAAUAUCUUAAACAAUGCCAUUUUUAGGGGCAAAGUGUUAAGCGUGAAAUAUGCCAAGGACAAAUGUGGAGACUACGAAUAUACAGAGAAAGGAAAAAAUAAUGUGUUCAUUAAAUUGUCUCAUGAUUCGAAAACGUCGUAUAAGAAAAUAUUGGAAAUUCAAAAGAAGAGGAACUGCCAAAAUGAAAACAUCUGGAACCUUCUCUACACGGACAUCAACUCGAGCAUCCACAGCUUCUGCAAGGAAAAUAAAUGCAGCCCCCAGUCCAUACUAAACAUAAGGGACCGGAACAUUGCCGUUAAUGUUUCGCUCACCGAAACGUACAUAAUUAACAAAAUGAAGGAGUGGAUAAGGAAGGAGGGCAUUUACUUGGAGGCGUUCGAGCAGAUAUAUAAGAAGCGGAGCGAGGGGGAAGAGCCCAGCGGAAAAGAGGGCGGAGAGCCGAGUGGAAAACCGAGUGCAGAAACGGACGGAAAAGCGGGCGGAGAACCGAGUGCAAAUCAGAAUGGAGAAACCAGCGGAGAAGGCCCCCCCGGGGAGGAGCCCAGCCGCGCCAACCACGUCGUCAAGUACAAACGCAGUGAUGACACCAUAAUAGUAAAAAAUUUGUCCGUUCAGACAAACCAAAAGGAAGUAAUAAGCCUCUUCAAGAAGUUUGGCGUUUUGAGCAAAGUUAGUUUUUCCCCCUAUAACAAUAUAGCCAUACUGCAGUUCGAGAAGGCGGAAAACGCCAAGAAGGCCUUCAUAUCGAAUUCGUACAUACGGUAUAAGAAGCUGCCCCUCUAUUUGGAGUGGGCCCCCAUGAACCUGUUCGAGAGGAAGGGAGACCAGGAUGGCAGGGGAAGCGGGGGAAGCGGGGGAAGCGGGGGAAGCGGUGAAAGCGGCGGAAUAGGUGGAAGCAGUGGAAGCCGCGGAAGCGGUAGCAAGGGGGAGACGAACGAGGGAGACACACCCGCCAACGAAGCAGUCAAAAAAUCCGAACAGGGAGCGGCCCCGAAGGAGGAGCAACACCACAGCGAAAGCGAGUCCAGUGAUGAAGAAAUUACGCACGCCAGCAUCUACAUCAAAAACCUGAACUUCAAUACCAAGGAAGAGGACCUAAAAAAGUUGUUCGAAAAAUUGGACGGAUUUAUAACCUGCAAUAUUGUGAAGAGUAAGAAGGCCAUAUCGAAGAAGAAUCUCGAAAAGGGAAAAGCGCCAGAACAGAAACUGAUGUCUCAGGGAUACGGUUUUGUCGAAUUUAAAAGCAAAGAGUUAGCUGUUGAGGCCAUCAAAAAGUUGACAGCAACAACUCUGGAUGGCCACGUGCUGGAGCUGAGUCUUUCUCGCAACAGAGUUAAAAAAAAAAAAAAUAAAAAUAAUGAAGAAAAAGAGGUAGUUAAGGAAAAAAAAAAAAUUACCAAAAAGCUGCUAGUAAAAAAUUUAGCCUUUCAAGUGACGAAAGAAGAAUUAAGAAAAUUAUUUUCUGCAUUUGGAAAUAUUAAAAGUGUCAGAAUUCCCAAAAAUGCAUAUAACAGAAGCAGAGGAUAUGCAUUUGUUGAGUUUAUGUCAAAAAAUGAAUGCCUCACAGCGAUUGAGUCACUACAGCAUACCCAUUUGUAUGGAAGACACCUCAUCAUCGAUUUUGCCGAUGAUUUUAUUUUUGAAAACAAUGUGAACGAAUUUGACAAACUGAAAGAGGGGGGGGUUAACAACAAUCAUGAGAGUAAGAAGCAAAAGUGCAUCACGUCGGAACAAGCCAAGAGAAAAGCCACCUAUGAGAAGGAGAAAAGAAACCAAGUCACUGAAUCGAAAAAAAGGAAACUGAUGAAUGAUAUGCAGAAUAUUUGAUACGCCAUUUUGGGGGGUAAUUCCCAAAUGGGCAACAGUCUCUUCCUGCGUAAAUGUUGACAAGCAGGUUAGUACGCUUAUAUGGAUAUGUGUCCGCUCCAGUGGAAAAAAUGUCCCAAUUAGGAGGGAAAAAAAAGAAGAAGAAAAAGAAGAAGAAGACGUUCCCCCAUUUUAACUUGCAACGGAAAGGUGAAGAACACAAGGUGGGGUCUACGCCGCCAUGCUGGAAACGCCUCUUUGCAACAGUUGGGAGAUCUCCAAAGUGAUGUGAAAAUUGCGUAUCAUCCGCUCUUUUUGGACACACGUCCAGAUUAUACACCCCUUUUUGUGCACACGUGCAGAUAUACACAUGUCAGUCCCCUGUGUGUAGGUGCUGUGGAGGGCGUGCCUCACCCGUUUCGUGCGUAGGUGCAAUUCUAUGGAGUAGCUGACCACCAUUUUGCCGUGCAUACUCCGCCCUUUUUAACAUUUACCGUUACCUGCGUAACUUCCCUUGCGCAGAUUUUUGCAGCAUAACAAAUUUGCUGUCCCAUUUGAUCUAUUUUUGCACUUUUUAAUUUUUUCCCAAGUGAAAAAAAAAGAAAACAUUUGAACUUAACGUAGUAGUAUAAAAUGACAAAUUUGUUUAUUACGCUAAAAAUGGUGAGCACACGUUCGGGCUACCUUUUAAAAUUUG